AAGUGGACAUAAUCUGCCCGAAAGAAGUAAUGUUACUCAUAUGCGAGUUGCAGACAUCGAACUGGGUCACCUCCGAGGUCUUCCUCACAACAGACAAUCGUGAAAAGGUGCAGCUAGUUGAGAAGUACAUACGCAUUGCUUCUCAUACCCUCCGUUUCUGUAACUUCUCGACCACUGUCCAGAUUGUCCUCGGUCUGUCAUCACCUUAUCUAGAAGGGCUGACGGAAGUCUGGGAUGCAGUGUCGCACACGGAAGCCGGGAUUUACCAGGAGUUGAAGCAACUCGUGAACCCUCAAAAGAACUGGGAGAACCUGCGAUUCACCAUGGAUCGAGCAUCUGUAAAUGCACAGACCGGAUUCUUACCUUUUAUCGGGGUUUAUCUUGCGGAGUUGGUCGACAAUAGCAAACGACCGGCGCUUGUGCACGCCCAAGGCAACGGCGAACCGCUGGUCAACAUUCAGCGGUAUCGACAUGUAGCGAGCAUCGUGAAAGCCCUUUUGAACAUGGUCCACGCUAGUCAAAGAUAUCGCUUUGCUCGCAAUGUACACACUUUCAACAAAUGCUUAUGGAUUGCCUGCUUGAACGACACGGAUAUGCGACGCCAUUCGGGCAUUAUGGUCUGAAUGAUAU